AUGGCCCCCGCUUCUCACGACGGCCAAAAGAAACUGAAGAAACCCCCGACGUUCCAGCAUCUUCCCGAGCAUCGAGCGAAGAAGCUCAAAAAGGAAUGGGUUGAAAAACAGAAGAUCCAAAGUAAAUGGAAAGCGCAGAAAAAGCGGGAGGGUAUCGUAACACUUAGGGACUCUCGCAAGUCUGCAUCUACGGCCAAGGAUGGGGAGGAGGUAGAGGCAAAGGGCGUAGAUGUGACACAGAGGACGGAGGAUGUGAAUGAAGAUGAAGAACGGCAUUCUCCAGACCAGGAAGUCAGUUCUGCGGAGGAAUCCGAUCCCAAACCCACUCCUGUGCCAACCAAAUCGAAGAGGAGAAGGGGAAAGGAUGUGGCGCCUGAAGAGGAAGAACUAUCGUAUCGUGAAUUGCAACGGCGCGCAUAUUCGCGGGAUAGCCUGCAUCACCAUAAGUCUGGACGGGGCACCAAGGGUGAACGGGGUCCUCGUGGCUACGUCCGAGGGGCAGGACGUGGAUCGGUUGGGUGGGGGAGAGGCAAUAGUGGGCGAGGGAACCAUUCGGGGCGUGGAGGACGAGGCGAAGGGUCAGGAGCCCGCGGGGGUCAACCCGACAUGCGUCUGCGAAUGUCGGCACUCCUAGAAAAGAUCAAGCACGAUGUCGCGUCAUGA